UGUAUAUUAUGACUGUAGAUUUGCUGAAUCAGUGAAGUUCAACUGUGUUUUUUUCCGUGCGGAAUCUCAGAAGAUGGCUAAGCACCUUAUCUUAAUUGCGUUGUUAUCAUAUCUAUUCUGUACCAGAACAGCUGCCGUGGUUUCAUACAGAACCACGUCCACUAUCGUCUCUCCUUCUAAUGAGAAUGCCAACAACGAAUGUGGUAUCACUAGCAACUAUUACACCGAUGAUACAAAUAGUAAAAUGUCCAAUGGUGCGGUGACGUUACCAGGCCAAUGGCCAUGGGUAGUGGCAAUCUAUAAUUUAAUAAAUGACGAAUUUAUAAAUAAGUUCAUGUGUGCCGGUUCCAUUUUAACAACCAGACAUGUCUUAACAGUGGCUCAUUGUUUGAAACGUGGCAACAACACCAUAGAUCUCAACAAUUUGUACUUAGCCUUUGGAGAAUUUAGUUUGGAUCAAUGGUAUAAAACCAUUAAUCGCGACGUUGCGAGCUACAAAAUUCAUCCCGACUACGUAUACACGACCAACAGUGAUUCUGAUUUAGCGAUUUUGAUCAUGAGACUAAACGUCGAGUACAGUCCAUUCAUUAAACCAAUUUGUCUAUGGUCCGGUUCGACCGAUCUUGAAAACGUUGUUGAUAAAACAGGAUAUAUUGUGGGAUGGGGCAGAGAUGAUUUCGGUCAUCUUAACACCGACGAGCGACGGAUGGCUAGAGUAUCGAUAGUUAGUCAGGCGGACUGUCUCUGGAGCGACUCAGCUUUUAUUUCUCUUACCUCAAAGCGCACAUUUUGCGCCGGAUUACAAGACGGGAAUAAUUGUAAUGCUGACAGUGGAAGCGGACUGGUACUUUUCGAUCCUAUCACAAGACGUUAUAAGUUGCGCGGUGUUGCUUCGCGAGCGCUGUAUGGCAAUGCAUCUUUUCAAUGCAAUCCUACGAAGUAUAUCGUCUAUGUAGACGUGGCCAAAUAUGUACCUUGGAUUCAACAGCAAAUUUCUACUACGUAAUGCUGGUCUCGCUGCAGAGCACAAAAUGUGCUAGUCAACAAGCUUUUUAUAUGUAUAAUAGGGAU